GGUCUCAGUCAGUUCUUGGUGAACCGUUGUGCUGGUCGUGUCGUUGUCGCUGCCGUUGUUUAAACGCUCUUUACUGCCAAUAAAAACUUGUUCCGUGUGUGUGUUUUUCUUGUUGUUGUUACUGUGUUUGUAGUACAGGUUUAGCCUUAGCCUCGACUUGAGGGUGUGCUACAAAGUGUCAGUGUUUUAGUAAUUAUACUAGUAUAAGUCUAGCAAACAAACCAAACAAAAAAACAAGUGAGAAAAUGCCAUCAGCGUUCCGCAGGUGCACGCUGCAGGCCGCGCUGCUCGCCUGCCUCUGCGUGGCCAUGUCGCCGUUGCGCGCCAGUGCCAGCAUCGUGGAAAAACUGCGCGAUGAUUCCGAUCUGUCGCAGGCGACAACGCUGAGGCGCCUUAUACCUGUUAGGUUUUAUAGUUUACUAGAGCAAAAUAUCAUUGCGAAUUCCACUUUAACACUGCGACCAUGCACAGUGUUUGUGCCUACAAAUGCUGCAUUCCAGCGCCAUCAUGGACCCACACAUGUGCUCUAUCACAUAACAACGACACCAAUGACGAAGGACGAACUUAUAAAGGUUAUACCGUCAGAUAUGGGUGGCAAUCCAUCAUUGUAUAUAACGAAAAAUCGCAAUGGCGAUAUUUAUGUGAAUAACGCUAGAAUAAUACCAUCGCUGACGGUCGAAAUGACCAAUAGUCUGGGAAUGCGUCAGGUGAUGCACAUAAUCGAUGAAGUCUUGGUGCCACUUACUGCUUUGCCCACUGCCAAAAUGGAGUUCACCAAUUUGGAUGCCUAUCAAUUUAUGAAACAGGCCGACAUCUUAGAUAUCGGCGAGAAUCGCUUGAGAUCGUAUCGCUCGCAAGUGACUUUAAUGCGUAAGGAUAAUCUCUAUCAGUCGCCAGGUGGACAUACAUUUUUAAUACCCGUCGAUGAAGGUUUCAAGCAAACCACACGCAGCAGCCUGGUGGACAACAAAGUCAUCGACGGACACGUCAUACUGAACAAUGUGAUUUUUACGGCAGCCGCGCAAAUGGAGGUGCCACAAACCACAGCCGCAUUCGAGGACAAUCUCAAAGUAACCGUUAGUUUCUUCAAACAAAAAGACGGCAAAAUGUACGUCAAAUCGAAUACUCUUUUAGGUGACGCCAAGCACCCCACCGGUGUGGUGUUGGCGGAAAUUGUCAAAGGCAACAUUCCGGUGCGAAAUGGUGUGGUGCAUCUGAUUCAUCGGCCGCUAAUGAUAAUCGACUCGACGGUGACGCAAUUUCUACAGUCCUUUAAGGAUAAUGAAAAUGGCGCUCUGCGCAAAUUUUACGACGUAAUCAUGGAUAACGGUGGCGAGGUGCUAACCGACAUUAGCAACUUGGGUGAAAUUACAAUUUUGGCACCUAGCAAUGAUGCCUGGGAGGCUAAGGAUGUACAAAACUUAAUAAGAAAUCGUGAGAAAUUGCGUGAUAUCCUGAAUAUGCACAUUAUCAAAGACAAACUGAAUGUUGAUCGAAUUCGCCAAAAGAACAAGAAUAUUAUUGCUCAGGUGCCAACUGUCAACAAUCGUACAUUUUUGUAUUUCAACAUCAAAGAAGAAAAUGGCGAAGAAAUGAUAACUGUUGAAGGUGGUGGCGUCAACGCAACUGUACUGCAAGCGGAUGUCGCUCAAACUAACGGUUAUGUACACAUUAUUGAUAAAGUUUUGGGCGUUCCAUAUACGACUGUACUCGAAAAACUCGAAACGGAUCCCAUGAUGAGUGAUACCUUCAAAUUGGGUCAAUUCUCCGCCUUUAACAAUCAACUGAAUAACACACAACGUCGCUUCACCUACUUCGUGCCACGUGAUAAGGCUUGGCAGAAGACCAAAUUGGACUACCCUUCAACACAUAAGAAACUCUUCAUGGAAGACUUCGCCUACCAUUCCAGGUCAAUAUUGGAACGUCACUUGGUCAUUGCCGAUAAUGUGUACACGAUGAACGACUUGGUAGCAAUGACAGCUGCGUCUGGCGACUCCAUUUUGCUGCCUACAUACAGAGAUUCCUUGAAAGUUAAAGUAGAAGAGGAAGCCGGACAUCUUCACGAUGAAUAUGCUUCACAUGAGUGGACCGGUUAUGUUAUCACUUGGAAUUUCAAGAAGAUCAACGUCUACCGACCGGAUGUCGAGUGCACCAACGGCAUAAUACACGUCAUCGACUAUCCCAUGCUGGAGGAACGGGACGUCGUCGUCAACGGAGGUUAGGCAUUAACCUAGCAACCUUCAACUACUACACUACAUACUCACAUUAUGUAGGUAAUGCGCAGAACUAUCUGCUUUGAUGUGUGUGUACCAUAAUUAUCAGAUCACAUUCCGAAACUGUUCAACAUUCUUAUUGAUUACGUUAGUGAUUACGAUUUUUAAUUACUCUUCUACUUCAACUACAUAUGUAUGUAUGUAUAGUAAUGAUAAUGAUAUUUAAAUAUUUAAUUGAAGUUUAAAUUACACUUGUUCAAAAACUAAAAUGAAAUAAAAGAUAAACAAUAAUGAAUAUUAAUACAUUUACUAAGUAAUUAGUUAAGCGUAAAACAAAAAACCGUAAAAUUGAAAAAAGUAAAAAAAAAACAGCUAAAAAAUAUUCCAUGAAGUUUAAAGAGACGAAAUUAAUUAUGUAAUUAAAGCAUAUAUAAUUGCAAUAAAAAAACAAUUAUCAAUUUCAUUAAUUUUGGUAGUUAAUACGAGUAAUCAACAUUUAAUAUUGGUAUGCUCGCAGUAGAUGCAAAACAUUGUAAGCUAAAGAAAACGCAUUUUUAGGGUGUUGGCGAGCUUGCUUAUGGAUGAUGGUCAACAAACACAAUUCAAAUACUAGAAAAGCAUAAACAUAUUUUCUAAAGCACUCAUUUUCUAAAAAAAAACUUCAAAUGCAAGGCAUUCGACUAGCUCGGAUUGGAAAGAAAUAGUUAUACAUAUAUACUAUACCAAGCAAGGGUUAGAUAUUUUCAAAUACAAAAACGAACUGCAAGAAAUGCUGUCUGUGGCCACAUGAUGCUUAGGCUGAGCAAAUCAGCGCAAUCAAAAGACAAAAAAACAUGCCACAGUUUUCUGAACAGCAACCGAUUUUUAUUGCUUACACACUCACUUCUCAUGCAUAAUUGCAAGGAUUUAUUGGGGGGAGUGAACGUAUUCUAUCUACAAAUACCUUAAGGUUAUAGAUUACAGCGCGUUGCUAAGCAGAAUAAGAGUUUGGUCAAGUUUUGCCACGCUUCGAGUCUCAUCGUUAAUUAUAUGUAAGCGAAAGCAUUGUAUGUAUGUACAUAGAUAGCGUAAAUUGGGGAAGCAUUAUUCGUUAUUGGAGCUGUAGCUUAAAUGUUCCCUAUCGGCUGUAUUCAAAGUUGCAUUUAAGAUUAUAAUUGCACGGGUUAUUGAAAGACAUUAAAAUUUCAAACAAAUUGUUAGUUAAAGUUAGAUGCAUUAAACUCUUUUGCCUUUUCACUUAAGCCUUCGCUCUCAAGAAGUAACACUUUAAAGAGUAAAAAAAAAUUUUUACAAUUAAAAUGUAUUUAUUUUCGUUUAUUUUAUAUUAAUUAAUAUUAUAUAUAAUACAUUUGUUUGGAAGUUCAAAACAUUUAUGUAAUUAAAUAAAUUUUAAAGAAAACUAAUGAUAAGAAAACGAGUAUUGCGAUAGGAUUGAACGAGGAAUACAACACUGACGCUUAAAAAAGCUUUUGUGACCUUCAAGCAUUCACACUUCAAACGGUGCAAAUAUAAAAACAGCAACAUUUAAUUACAAUAACUAAAUAUUUAUUGAAAAUAUUAGAUAAAUGUAAAGAAAAAAAAAUAAACAACAAGAAAAUAUAUUAUACAUAUAUACAAGUAUUUCAUAUAAAUAUGUAUGCAAACUUAUUGCUGUAGUCAGUAGUUACACGUUAAGAUCAUAAUCUGCUCCAAAGAACAUAUUAAACAUCACAACGUCCCGCCUCUUUUUACACAAACACAAUCACAACUUAUACAAUUACACCACAAACAUG